CGAGUGCAUGAGCUGGGGCUGCGCGCUCCCUGAAAAUGUUGCGCAGGUUGUAAUGCAAAGAGGGGAGAGGGAGAAGGAGCGGGAUUCGGGCUGGCUUAUCUGUGUGCGGUUAUCCAGAGCGCCCGUGCAUACCAGGCUGACUCAUUGGCACUUAGUGAGUAGGCUGGACACCAUUUUGCAGUGUGGGCAGUAGCAGGACAAAUCCAUCAUCUGCAUUGAGAGUGGCGUUCAACCACCAGUGGACUGGAGAGCCCUUGGUUUAGGCAAAGUACUCCCGAUUCUGCCAUGGAGCUGUCUGCCAUUGGGGAGCAAGUGUUUGCGGUAGAAAGUAUUCGCAAGAAGAGGAUCCGGAAGGGCAAAGUGGAAUAUCUUGUGAAGUGGAAGGGCUGGCCUCCCAAAUACAGCACGUGGGAGCCAGAGGAACACAUUCUGGAUCCGCGUCUUGUGUUGGCAUACGAGGAAAAGGAAGAAAAGGAAAGAGCUUCGGGGUGCCGAAAACGUGGUCCAAAACCAAAACGUCUUCUUCUACAGAGACUGUACAGCAUGGACCUGAGGAGCGCACACAAAUCUAAGGAGAGGAAGCUUUGCUUCUCUCUGUCUAGAAGAUUCAAUCCUGCAUUAGGUGGUAAAACAGCACCAACCUCUUCAGUGCCAGAGAAAGCCAAAUCCCUGCAAUUCCCACUCAGCAAGCAGCGUAAAGGUCGUAAAUUUCUGUGCCUGUCGCGCAAAAAGUUUCUGCGGGUAUCCACCUAUGAACCACUGAGCAGGAGGUCAGACUUCUUUGCAAAGGAAGAUGAAAAGGAAAAGACAGAGACAAUUCCUGAUUGGCAGGAGGAACAAUCAACUGAAGAGCAAGGCCUAGAAGAAAAUGGGACACCAGCAACUCCACCUCUGUGGCUACCUGCCGUCCCAAUUCCCAGCGAGAUCAUUGUCACCGACAUCACCUCAAAUUCCAUCACAGUGACAUUUCGAGAGGCCCAGGCAGCAGAAGGUUUCUUCCGGGACCGUGGAAGCGACUGUUAGCCUUACCUUUUCAUCUUUGCCCUAUCUGUUAUUCCUCUUCCAUCCUCUUCUGAAAUUAUGUUUGAAUGCUCGGAGGAGAAAAUAGGAGAAGAGGGGUGUUGUAUAGAAACCAAUUAAUUUUCCCUCUUAAAGAGGCUGUAUAGGAGAGUGCAGGGCCAUGAUUUUAUGUUACAACAUUUGUGAACUUGUUCUGGCUGCACUUAAAAUUCUAUUGACUUUUUCAGCUUGUCACCCUGUAUUUUAAUACAUUUGGAGAGGUUCCUUACAGAGCACAGAGAUGAGACAAAUGUAUCCAGUAGUUUGUGCUAGGGAUGCACCAAAUCCAGCAUUAGGUUUUUAUGCUGGCUGUUCAUCUCUAGCUUGUGGGUUAAGGUUAAAUUCAAUAAGAUCUCUUUGUUUACAGUGACGCCAAGGCUGAUACAUAUAUAUUAUCCCUU